GUUUCCCGGCGGGGGAACGCGCUGUGUUGGAGGCGCGAACAGGGGCCGCGGACGGUGAGCUCCACCGCUGCAACUGCCAGGGUAGUGAAGCCGAACAGAAAACCCCAUCGCUUUAAAAAGGCAGCUGUCCGCCCUCCCCCUUUCCCCGCGCCCGGGCGAGGGGCCCCUUAAGUCCGGGAUCCGCGAGCUACGCGGACAGGGGAUCUCGCCAAACCCGAGCACCGUGCGGCGCCUUUUAAGAGGUCGAACAACGGGAAUCCAGCAAAAAACAAGCCGGCCCCAGAAGGCAGCCUCUCUCCUCUCUCCGCGCACGAGCUACAAUCGCCCCCAGUCCCCAAACUGUCCCAGUAGAGGCCGCGCGGAGAGAGCGGACCCGAGGGACCCCUCGCAAGGCGGGAGCCGAGCGCGGCUGCUUUAAGAACGCGGAGAGCGCGCGCCCGCCGCCAGCUGGCCCGGGCUGCGCGCCCCCGCCGCCACCGCGCGCCCCCUGUUCGCUCGCUCCUUCGCUCGCCGGCUUUAAAGUCUCUGCCAGGAUCCAUGCUCACAUGUUACUUCCUGUAUGGAGGCAUGGCCAGUUUCCAGCCCCGCGCUCUUCGUUCCUCCCCAGCCUGCGCCGGAGCCACAACUUUCAGGAGCAUGGACUGAAGGCACCCUCGCCCCAGCGCCCCUCUGAGAUCCUUUGUGUUUUCCUCCGUUUCCUCCGGCCGUUUCUAUUUUGGGGGGCUCUCCGCUCCCCCCGCCUCUCCCCUCCCUUCCCCUCUCGCAAACAUGCCUCCUUCCUUCCCGGGGCCCUGGAAGGAGCUGCCUGCCUGAAGCCCGGAGACGCCGCGCCGCGCCGCGCUCAGCCCCGCCGCCGCCCGCCGGCUCUCGGGCUGUGCUGCGCUGCCGACUCAAGUUGGGGAUCCUCGGCUGCUUGCCGCCGCUGCCGCCGCCGCCCGCGGUCCCUGCCUGCCCCAGGCCCGGGGCAUCGCCGCCGGCCGCCGACUCCGCGCCCUGAUCGCUCGGCUCUCUCGUUUUUGAACGGAAAGCAGCCCUUCUCCACCGAGAGGAUCGUCCCCAGCGUGGCUCUGCGUUCCCGGUCACUUUUUGAGAUUUUCCGGGGGGCGCUCGGCGGCUUCCCGGAUUCCAAGGGGACUCGGGCCGCCGAGCGCGGGGGGCCCGUGGAGCGGGCGAGCCGGGGAAGCGCCCCGGCUUAGCAGAGGCUCGCACGGAGGCAAGAACUUAUUCAACAAGUUUACCCCCCUGCUUUCCUCUUUUCGAUGUGCGUUUUCGGACAUGCGGAGGUUACUGGAACCGUGUUGGUGGAUUUUGUUCGUGAAAAUCACCAGUUCCGUGCUCCAUUAUGUCGUGUGCUUCCCGGCGUUGACAGAAGGCUACGUUGGGGCCCUGCACGAGAAUAGACACGGCAGCACAGUGCAGAUCCGCAGGCGCAAGGCUUCAGGCGACCCGUACUGGGCCUACUCUGGUGCCUAUGGUCCUGAGCACUGGGUCACGUCUAGUGUCAGCUGUGGGGGCCAUCACCAGUCUCCUGUUGACAUUUUAGACCAGUAUGCGCGUGUUGGGGAAGAAUACCAGGAACUGCAACUCGAUGGCUUCGACAAUGAGUCUUCUAACAAAACCUGGAUGAAAAACACAGGGAAAACAGUCGCCAUCCUUCUGAAAGACGACUAUUUUGUCAGUGGAGCUGGUCUACCUGGCAGAUUCAAAGCUGAGAAGGUGGAAUUUCACUGGGGCCACAGCAAUGGCUCAGCGGGCUCUGAACACAGCAUCAAUGGCAGGAGGUUUCCUGUUGAGAUGCAGAUUUUCUUUUACAAUCCAGAUGACUUUGACAGCUUUCAAACCGCAAUUUCUGAGAACAGAAUAAUCGGAGCUAUGGCUAUAUUUUUUCAAGUCAGUCCGAGGGACAAUUCUGCACUGGAUCCUAUUAUCCACGGGUUGAAGGGUGUCGUACAUCACGAGAAGGAGACCUUUCUGGAUCCUUUCGUCCUCCGGGAUCUCCUGCCUGCAUCCCUGGGCAGCUAUUAUCGGUACACAGGUUCCUUGACCACACCACCGUGUAGCGAAGUAGUGGAGUGGAUAGUCUUCCGGAGACCCGUCCCCAUCUCUUACCAUCAGCUUGAGGCUUUUUAUUCCAUCUUCACCACGGAGCAGCAAGACCAUGUCAAGUCGGUGGAGUAUCUGAGAAAUAACUUUCGACCACAGCAGGAUCUGCAUGACAGAGUGGUGUCCAAGUCCGCCGUCCGUGACGCCUGGAACCACGACAUGACAGACUUCUUAGAAAACCCACUAGGGACAGAAGCCUCUAAAGUUUGCAGCUCUCCACCCAUCCACAUGAAGGUGCAGCCUCUGAACCAGACGGCACUGCAGGUGUCCUGGAGCCAGCCGGAGACUAUCUACCACCCACCCAUCAUGAACUACAUGAUCUCCUACAGCUGGACCAAGAAUGAGGACGAGAAGGAGAAGACGUUUACAAAGGACAGCGACAAAGACUUGAAAGCCACCAUUAGCCAUGUCUCACCCGAUAGCCUUUACCUGUUUCGAGUCCAGGCCGUGUGUCGGAACGACAUGCGCAGUGACUUCAGCCAGACGAUGCUGUUUCAAGCUAAUACCACUCGAAUAUUCCAAGGGACCAGAAUAGUGAAAACAGGAGUGCCCACAGCGUCUCCUGCCUCUUCAGCCGACAUGGCCCCCAUCAGCUCGGGGUCUUCUACCUGGACGUCCUCUGGCAUCCCAUUCUCAUUUGUUUCCAUGGCAACUGGGAUGGGCCCCUCCUCCAGUGGCAGCCAGGCCACAGUGGCCUCGGUGGUCACCAGCACGCUCCUCGCCGGCCUGGGGUUCGGCGGUGGUGGCAUCUCCUCUUUCCCCAGCACUGUGUGGCCCACUCGCCUCCCGACGGCCGCCUCGGCCAGCAAGCAGGCGGCUAGGCCAGUCCUCGCCACCACAGAGGCCUUGGCUUCUCCAGGGCCCGAUGGUGAUUCGUCACCAACCAAGGACAGCGAGGGCACCGAGGAAGGAGAGAAGGAUGAGAAAAGCGAGAGUGAGGAUGGGGAGCGGGAGCACGAGGAGGAUGGAGAGAAGGACUCCGAAAAGAAGGAGAAGAGUGGGGUAACCCACGCUGCCAAGGAGCGGAAUCAGACGGAGCCUAGCCCCACACCCUCAUCUCCUAACAGGACUGCCGAGGGAGGGCAUCAGACUAUACCUGGGCAUGAGCAGGACCACACUGCCGUCCCCACAGACCAGACGGGUGGAAGGAGGGAUGCCGGCCCAGGCCCGGACCCCGACAUGGUCACCUCCACCCAAGUGCCCCCCACCGCCACAGAGGAGCAGUAUGCAGGGAGUGAUCCCAAGAGGCCCGAAAUGCCAUCUAAAAAGCCUGUGUCCCACGGAGACCGAUUUUCUGAAGACAGCAGAUUUAUCACUGUUAAUCCAGCGGAAAAAAACACCUCUGGAAUGAUAAGCCGCCCUGCUCCAGGGAGGAUGGAGUGGAUCAUCCCUCUGAUUGUGGUAUCAGCCUUGACCUUCGUGUGCCUCAUCCUUCUCAUUGCUGUGCUCGUUUACUGGAGAGGGUGUAACAAAAUAAAGUCCAAGGGCUUUCCCAGACGUUUCCGUGAAGUGCCUUCUUCUGGGGAGAGAGGAGAGAAGGGGAGCAGAAAAUGUUUUCAGACUGCUCAUUUCUAUGUGGAAGACAGCAGUUCACCUCGAGUGGUCCCUAAUGAAAGUAUUCCUAUUAUUCCUAUUCCGGAUGACAUGGAAGCCAUUCCUGUCAAACAGUUUGUCAAACACAUCAGUGAGCUCUAUUCUAAUAACCAGCAUGGGUUCUCUGAGGAUUUUGAGGAAGUCCAGCGCUGUACUGCUGAUAUGAACAUCACUGCAGAACAUUCCAAUCAUCCAGAAAACAAGCACAAAAACAGAUACAUCAACAUUUUAGCAUAUGAUCACAGUAGGGUGAAGUUAAGACCUUUACCAGGAAAAGACUCUAAGCACAGCGACUACAUUAAUGCAAACUAUGUUGAUGGUUACAACAAAGCAAAAGCCUACAUUGCCACCCAAGGACCUUUGAAGUCUACAUUUGAAGAUUUCUGGAGGAUGAUUUGGGAACAAAACACUGGAAUCAUUGUGAUGAUUACGAACCUUGUGGAAAAAGGAAGACGAAAAUGUGAUCAGUAUUGGCCAACAGAGAAUAGUGAGGAAUAUGGAAAUGUUAUUGUCACGCUGAAGAGCACAAAAGUACAUGCCUGCUACACUGUUCGUCGUUUUUCAGUCAGAAAUACAAAAGUGAAAAAGGGUCAGAAGGGAAAUCCCAAGGGUCGUCAGAAUGAAAGGGUAGUGAUCCAGUAUCACUAUACACAGUGGCCUGACAUGGGAGUUCCCGAGUAUGCCCUUCCAGUACUGACUUUCGUGAGGAGAUCCUCAGCAGCUCGGAUGCCAGAAAUGGGCCCUGUGUUGGUGCACUGCAGUGCUGGUGUGGGCAGAACAGGCACCUAUAUUGUAAUAGACAGCAUGCUGCAACAGAUAAAAGACAAAAGCACAGUUAACGUCCUGGGAUUCCUGAAGCAUAUCAGGACACAGCGUAACUACCUCGUCCAGACUGAGGAGCAGUACAUUUUCAUCCAUGAUGCCUUGUUGGAAGCCAUUCUUGGAAAGGAGACUGAAGUAUCUUCAAAUCAGCUGCACAGCUAUGUUAACAGCAUCCUUAUACCAGGAGUAGGAGGAAAGACACGACUGGAAAAGCAAUUCAAGCUGGUCACACAAUGUAAUGCAAAAUAUGUGGAAUGUUUUAGUGCUCAGAAAGAGUGUAACAAAGAAAAGAACAGAAACUCUUCAGUUGUGCCAUCUGAGCGUGCUCGAGUGGGUCUUGCACCAUUGCCUGGAAUGAAAGGAACAGAUUACAUUAAUGCUUCUUAUAUCAUGGGCUAUUAUAGGAGCAAUGAAUUUAUUAUAACUCAGCAUCCUCUGCCACAUACUACGAAAGAUUUCUGGCGAAUGAUUUGGGAUCAUAACGCACAGAUCAUUGUCAUGCUGCCAGACAACCAGAGCUUGGCAGAAGAUGAGUUUGUGUACUGGCCAAGUCGAGAAGAAUCCAUGAACUGUGAGGCCUUUACCGUCACCCUUAUCAGCAAAGACAGACUGUGCCUCUCUAAUGAAGAACAAAUUAUCAUCCAUGACUUUAUCCUUGAAGCUACACAGGAUGACUAUGUCUUAGAAGUUCGGCACUUUCAGUGUCCCAAAUGGCCUAACCCAGAUGCCCCCAUAAGUAGUACCUUUGAACUUAUCAACGUCAUCAAGGAAGAGGCCUUAACAAGGGAUGGUCCCACCAUUGUUCAUGAUGAGUAUGGAGCAGUUUCAGCAGGAAUGUUAUGUGCCCUUACCACCCUGUCCCAGCAACUGGAGAAUGAAAACGCUGUGGAUGUUUUCCAGGUUGCAAAAAUGAUCAAUCUUAUGAGGCCUGGAGUAUUCACAGACAUUGAACAAUACCAGUUCGUCUAUAAAGCAAUGCUUAGCUUGGUCAGCACUAAAGAAAAUGGAAAUGGUCCCAUGACAGUGGACAAAAAUGGUGCUGUUCUUAUUGCAGAUGAAUCAGACCCUGCUGAGAGCAUGGAGUCCCUAGUGUGACUGGAAUCCUGAAAGGGCACUUAAAUUUGUAAACUUCUGAAGACUGAGAACUUUUUUGAGGCCUUUUUUGCCAGACUCUAGGUUAUACAAUAACCCAGUUACUUUUUUACACUGAUAAAAGUUUUGAUAUUUAUUUUUUGCCAUUUUAUGUCUUAAUGGUAUCCUACUGAGCAUUUGCACCUCUGUUCAUUUCACACAGUGAAACGCAAUUUUACCUAGUUUGCACUAUAUGAUCAGUGUUACUGCCUAUAAUCUUAUACAACAGCAAACCCUGAUGUGACAUUCCAUGACAACAUACAUGCUACUUUUUUUUAGUUCAAUACAGUGAAGGUCUUUGUUAUGACAGUGAAUAUUGCUUUUAUUAUUAUUAUUGCUAAAGCAGUUGCAUUCUACUAGCAGGCAAUGCUGUACUUUUCUUCAGUCCUCCUCUCCUUUUUUUUUUAGGCACUGUUCAAUACUGUAUGCCUUCUGUAUUUUAAUGGAGUGGAUAGCAUUGUUUUCUUUUACAGACUAGCAGGCUACUGGGAGCUAAAAAGGUCUGUUAAUGUCAUGGCCUUGAAACAGUUCCAUUUAUGCUGGUUAAGAGAUCCCUUAAGAAGUUAGAAGGCUUAAGAACUGCUUCAUGUGAACAUCCCUUAUUAGUCACAAAGUUAUAUUCACAGUUUUUAAAAAAUGUGUCAAAAUAAAGGAUAACUGUAUUACAGCUUUCACAGUAGCUAUGUGGACAAUGUGUGUUAUUUCCAUUUUGACUCUCUAAAAGAGCUACAUCCUAAAAUGAGAGCUAUCUUUAACAAUAGCAAGAUGGCAAUAUUAUAUACAACUCAGUUAUGAGACCCUUUAGUUAUUCUCCAUUAAUGCUUCUUAGUUUAUAAUACCAUACCUCACAGUAGGAAGAAUGAAAACUUCUGCAGCUGUGUAAUUUUGAAACUAGUCCUCUAAAAAUUCCCUAUUGCUCUUAUAGCAAUCUAAUAAAAACUACCUACAUAGUUACUGUUUUCUUUCCUUCUUUGCCAAAUGUUUUAUAAUAAAUCUCUUAAUUAUAUACAUUCUUCUACUUAAGAUUAAGUUGGAAAUACUGUAUUAGCAAAAGUCCUGGGACUUUCUAAACUCCCACAGAUAGAUAAAUCUGAUUUGGAGAAAGAAAUUUAAAAUAUUUAAUUAAAGAUGAUACCCACAUUUUCAAGUUUUUAAAAGAGGGAGAUGGCUUUGUAUGCUUUUGUGUAGUUUAGAACAGAUAUACAUCAGUAAAAGAUACCAAUAAUCAUUAGAGCUCAAGGAAGUUAUUUGGUGCAGCCUCUGGAGCCAUACUCACCCUGCAGUGCAUAAUGGAAAAAUUAGGAGCAUUAAUAAGAAAUUUCAGUAGUGUUUGUAAGGAAAAUAAGCUACUUACUGAGAUCUGUUUCUUCUAUUGCAUGUUUGCUUUUGAGGGACAGCUUCUGUUAAAAGUGAAAUCAGAAUAGGGUUAGGGCCUGUUAGGAAGAAUAGGGUUUUAUUUACUUUUUAUGUCAAUUACUUCAACAUAAAGGCCACACUGGCUGCUGUCAUGCCAUCUGGGUAGGCAUUAAACAUUAAUGAUGAUCAGCACUGAGGUUCUAUUUAUCUUGAGUUGGCUUUCAUAAAGUUUGUCAGAAUGGUGCUGGAGGACCAGAAUUGCUAAGGAGAAAGAAGCUAUGGGCCAAGUUAAAGAAUUUGAAUGCAAAGGCCAGGUCAAUGGAGUUUUCAUAAACUACAUAACUUACCAGGGUUUAUCUCAUCUUCUCAAUACACAGAUUUAACAACACGGAAUACUCUGCUUUUCAAGAGCUGUGAAGCUAGUCCUGAGAUAAGAUGUUCAAGAGAGCAUGCUAAGUUGCAUGUGCUAGAUGACAGACACCUUUACAGCCCCUCCGCUCCAACCAGAGGUGACACAGGAAGCUCUGUAAAGUUCAAGUAAAGCUUGAACACAGGAACACUACAACUGCCAGAUGCUGAGGAGAAUCAGGAAAGCAAUGAGCUAGACUUUUUUUUUAGUCAAUUAAGUGGGUUUAUUUUAGUUGUAUAGAGUAUUGAUAUGAGUUAACUCUUUUUAGUAGAUGGCAAAGUGGGCUUGAUGUUCAAAAGUAAUGUUCGAGUUAGGGUUCAUGGUCCCUUUCUCAGUAAUUUUUUCUUAAUAAAAGUAAACACUGGUUCAAAGACAAAUAGCAAGUAUUCCCUCCUGUGCUGUUUAUAGAGGGCUCAAUUCGUAGAAAGGCAUACCCUCCAAUGCAAUUCUGUGGCUGUCUCUUACAGUGGUUUCAGAAUCACGAUAAAACAGCUAGUAAACAAGAUAGGAACAAAAAAGAAAGAGUUCAGAAGUUCCCUGUGAGCAAUCUGUGUGUCUCCAGCUAGCUUGAACCAAAGUCUUCAUAUCCUGACCCACUGAAUUAUAAGCAAUUGCUACUUGCCCAUCUUGCCAAAGUAAUCCAAACACACUUCGAUGAGGACAGUUAUAUUUAGCAGGUCCUCACCCCUGCAAGAGACAGCAUAUCCUCACUAUUAUUAUUCAUGUGUUAUUGGCAAAAACAUAGCUUGCAUCUUUCCAGAGGCAGAGUUUCAAAGACAGGGUUUUCUUUGAGACAUAAGCACAUUGCUUAAGUACAUAACAAGGUUAUUAACACUUGCGCUCAGGAGAAAGGAAAUAGCUAUUGCAAAUUAAUGUGUGCAACUUAAUAAAAUAAGCUGUUUGUGUAUAUGAAUUUAGCUCUAGGUAAGCAAAAUGCACACAUCAUAUAAAAAUAAAUUGCAACGAUCAGACCAAGUGGCUGUGCUGAACAUCAAAGAAAAGACAUGUUGUUGCCAUCAGGAGAACUCUUUCUUAUAUGCGAUAGCCAAGAUAUCUUUAAUAUGAAAAAAGUUAAUUUCUGAAUUUCAAAAAGAGUAAGAUUAGCUAAUUGGUCUUCCUAAUUUUUAUGCCUUUAGAGUUUUUAGUCUAUUCAAGUAGAAGAGUCCAGCAAGGCCAAAGAAGGGUUACGGUGUUCAAGUUCUGGUUGUUGGAGUUUUUAGCCCAGAGUGACAUACUGAAAUCAGUAAAUAAUUAUUUUAUAAUGACACAGCACAACUGCCUUGUUAUGAAUUUUUCUUAAAUGCAUAUAUACUGUAUUUAAAAUUAAAAUAUAGAUACCAAUUUACCAAAGAUACAUAUUACUAAUUCUAAGCAAAAUUUUUUAAAAAUCCCCAACUCAUCAUAAUUUAAGAAUCAAAAUGUAGUUCGUCUUAAGAAUUUAGUGGUUAUACUGGAAAUGCAUUUUCAACUCCUAUGUUCUAAAGUUUAUGUUCAAAUGGUGCCAGCGAAUUUUUAUAUGAAGGGAAAAUGCCUGCUUUUUUUGUUUUUUUAACAGAUGUAAUUUCACUUAACCCUUUGCGCUUUCCCUUAGUUGUCAUUUAACAUACAAUACUGGCUUUACUUAUCUCUAGAAAGAAGGCAUGCUACAAAUAGGAAGGAAUUGUAAUAACGAUAUUUGGCCUCUACUUUGUCUUAGCUGUUAAACUGUUUUUAGUAUUUUUGUUAAAUAUUUGCAAAGGGAAGCAUUUUCUACAGACGAUAAUUAAUUUCAAGAAAAAUCUUGAGUUUUAAGAAAUAAACAUCUCCAGAAAAGGAGACAGUCGAUUUUAUAAAAUGUCGCAACUCUCCAACAUUUGGGGUAGUGACUCCUUUUUUGUUAGGACAUUUGAAACUAGCAAGCAGCCAUUGUUUCUAAAGAAUUCUGCCCUCAUGUUGACCCAUGUUUCUUUCACUUCAUUUUGAAAUAGCUAAAAAUCAUUAAAACUGUAAAUAUUUUGUUGCUUGGGUAAGCAUCUUCUGGGAACUUUGUAUCUAUGGUAUAUAAUCAUAGAAUUUUAUAUUUUCAUAUAAAGCUAAUUUUUUUCUAGUUUCAACUCCGUCAUAGUUUUUUUUCCUUUUUGUGGUGGAUAUGUGAAUUCAACUUUCUGUGUAUUGAAGUAGCAAAAACCAUCUUUACAUUCCAAAAGAAUCCAACAUGUGUUAUUUCUUUGAGGCAGUGAUUGUGAAAGUUGGGUUUUCUUUUUAAUUCCAUUGACCAUUUGUGCAAUAGGAAUUAGACAUAAUUAGUCACUGAAAACAUUUGUCGCAUUGACCCAUUUGGAAAAAGUGUGUGUUUUUUUUUUAAAUUUGUUCAGGGGGAGGGGUUUUGUAACCUGAAAUUUUUCCCUUUUUCUUCUGUUUAAACUAUAUCAAAUCAUUCUAUUAUAGUGUUAUUUAAUAUGUAAAUUGUAUUGCUAUACAUAAAAUAAAGUAUGGUUUUUGAUGUA